UACAUUUUGAGUGCAAAGUGCAAUGAUUACAUUUUCUAAAUGUUAACAGCCAUGCCGGGCUCAGAUGAAAGUUGACCUCGCGCGGAUUUUUCUUCGCUUGGUUAACAAAUAUUCUGCCGCUCACACACACACUCACACAUAUUACACACACGCAGUCAGAUAGAAGCAUAUGCCAUGUGAAAGCAAAACCAGUCCAAUAACAACAAAUAGUACAACAACAUUCGCGUGAAUUUCGGUUAAAACAAAAUGCUAAAUUUAGACAACGCCACUGCGACCGGCAAAGGCAGCGACAGCAGCAUUGACGAUGAUGAAGCGACGUCGAUGGAGACGUUAACGGUAGCAGAGAAUGCAGCGCAAGAGCCAGAAGAGGAGUCUUCUACGCUGCUGGCAGUUGAAGCUGAGGACGGAAAACCCGCCACCACCAUGAAACCCUUAGAUAUAGAGCCGCCUUUCAGCGCUCCUCUCGCUCCCUACGACAUGGAGCUAAUGCAACGUCUCGGGCUGGGGGCCAAGCUGGCUGCUCGUGAAAGCAUCUGGGGUGGCGGUCCGAGCAACGGAGAGGAUGCGGACCCCACAACACUCUUCAUGCAGCGCGAGCGGGGAAAGGCCCCAAAAUCGGCAUCGAAUGAAUCACUGAGCUUGAAUGAUAAGCGCACCAGAUUCGCCGAAAGCAAACACGACGACUUACAACUGCCAUUUGUAGCCGGGCAAUUGCCAAACGGCAAGCAUAGGACACCCAACCAAAAUAGCAAUCGGCACACUACAGCCACACCCUUGCUGCCAAUGACUGAGCCACAUCUGGGUACCACCAUCAACAGUUACGAUGAACGCGAAUGCAGCUGUCCGCGUGAAUUCUACGAAAGAGAAGAACUGAACACCUCAUUAUUUUUCGAUGACUGCAAACGAUCCAUUGACUUCGUGCUGGGAUAUAAAACCAACGCUCAUGAUGAGACGGAGGCGGAGAAUAAGGAAAAACGUCGAGUUUUCGAAACGAAUCUCAGAAAUCAGGGACUGGAAUUGGAGGAGGUGCACAAGCUGAAGGAGCAGUUACACUUUGUAAAGAUACAUGCGCCAUUGGAGGUGCUGCGUAGAUAUGCCGAGAUACUUAAGCUACGAAUGCCCAUGAAGGAGUCCUUGUGUAUUAUGCGCAUUAAUGAAAAAUCAAAUCGUCUGCACAAUGCGGCUCAUUAUCUAUCCAAGAAGAUACCCGGCAUGUCUGUGGUAAAUCGCUCAACAAAAAGCGUCCUCUCUAGUGUCAAAAGCGUUUUUAAUUUUUUUUUACAUAACAUUUACGUGGACGAUGAACAUUUCCCUAAACGUGCACAUCGUUUUACAGCCAUCUAUAGUCGUGAUAAGGAAUAUUUGUUUGACAUACGUCAGGACUGUUUUUUCACCACAGCAGUACGUUCGCGCAUUGUGGAGUUUAUUUUGGAUCGUCAGCGUUUUCCUGCCAAACACAACAAUGAAAUGGCUUUCGGCAUUGAGCGGCUGGUGGCCGAAGGCGUUUAUUGUUCGGCGUAUCCCCUGCAUGAUGGCGAAAUUACGGAGUCUGGUACGAUGCGUGCGCUGCUCUAUAAGCAUUGGGCCUCGGUAAAGAAAUGGUAUCGCUAUCAGCCCUUGGAUGAUGUCAAAGAAUACUUUGGCGUCAAAAUUGGUCUCUAUUUUGCCUGGUUGGGAUAUUAUACCUACAUGUUGUUGCUGGCCUCUAUAGUGGGCAUAGUUUGUUUUUUAUACUCCUGGCUCUCGCUCAAAAACUAUGUGCCUGUAAAAGAUAUUUGCGAUCGUCCGAAUGGCAAUAUCACGAUGUGCCCUCUCUGUGAAUGGUGCGACUUUUGGGACCUGAAAGAGACCUGCAAUUAUGCCAAAAUCACAUACCUCAUUGACAACCCGAGCACAAUUUUCUUUGCCGUCUUUAUGUCCUUUUGGGCCACAUUAUUUCUGGAGCUGUGGAAACGUUACUCCGCAGAAAUCACGCAUCGUUGGGAUCUGACGGGGUUCGAUGUGCACGAGGAGCAUCCGCGACCGCAGUAUUUGGCGCGCCUGGAACAUAUACCACCGACUCGCACCGACUAUGUGACAAAUAUGAAGGAACCCAUUGUGCCGUUUUGGAGAAUGAAACUGCCGGCUACAGUUUUUUCCUUUUCCGUCGUACUACUGCUAGUGGCGCUCGCAUUUGUGGCGCUGCUCGCUGUCGUCGUCUAUCGGAUGUCCAUGAUGGCGGCCCUGAAAUUGGGCUCCGCUCCCAUGACGACAUCGGGCGCUAUUGUUGUCGCAACCGCAUCCGCUGCAUUUGUCAACUUAUGUUUGCUUUAUGUGCUAAAUUAUCUAUACAGCCACCUGGCCGAGUAUCUCACCGAGCUGGAAAUGUGGCGCACACAAACCCAGUUUGAUGAUUCGCUGACCCUUAAAAUCUAUUUGCUGCAAUUUGUCAACUACUACGCUUCCAUAUUUUAUAUAGCCUUCUUCAAGGGCAAGUUUGUGGGUCAUCCGGGUGAGUAUAACAAAGUCUUCGACUAUCGACAGGAGGAGUGCUCCUCGGGUGGUUGCCUGACGGAGCUUUGCAUACAGCUGGCGAUUAUAAUGAUUGGCAAGCAAGCCUUUAACACCAUCUUGGAGGUGCUUAUGCCUAUGUUUUGGCGCAAAGUGUUGGCCAUACAGGUUGGCCUGUCGCGCCUCUUCAACAAUGAACCCAAUCCACACAAGGCCAAGGAUGAGCGUUGGAUGCGCGAUUUUCGACUCUUGGAUUGGGGUGCGCGCAGUCUGUUUCCCGAGUAUUUGGAAAUGGUGCUCCAGUACGGUUUUGUCACCAUAUUUGUGGCUGCCUUCCCAUUGGCACCCUUCUUUGCGCUUCUCAACAAUAUACUCGAAAUGCGUUUGGAUGCCAAGAAACUGCUGACACAUCACAAGCGACCGGUUUCGCAACGUGUGCGGGAUAUUGGUGUCUGGUAUCGUAUCCUGGAUUGCAUUGGCAAGCUGAGUGUAAUAACAAAUGGCUUCAUUAUUGCCUUCACUUCGGACAUGAUACCACGUUUGGUUUAUCGCAGCAUAGUGUCCAAGGAUCAUAGCCUAAACGGUUACUUGGACUUCACCUUGUCCGAAUUUCAAAUCUCCGAUUCGCCCACGUUGCGCAGUCUAACUGGUGAUGUAUCGAACAGAACCAUGUGCAAAUACUCGGACUAUCGCCUGCCGCCUUCAUCGCCUGAAAAGUAUCAUUUAAGUAGCAUGUUUUACAUCAUACUGGCCUGUCGUUUGGCCUUUGUUGUGGUAUUCGAGAACUUUGUGGCCUUAGUGAUGAUAUUGGUGCGUUGGUGCAUCCCAGACAUGAGCGUAGAACUGCGAGAUCAGAUCAGACGCGAAAUCUAUAUAACCAAUGAGAUAAUCAUCGAGCAGGAAUCGCAGCGCGCACGUUUCGAGCGCGCCAAGCGUAGCAAUUCAAUGCUACAGAAUCGUAGCACAGAUGAUCUGGAUAUGGCUGCCGUGCAAGAACCCAAUGCACAAUUUAUUAAAAUCGAAAAGCUACUGAAUGCCAAUCUGUCGCAAAUUGAAAUGGACACAAUAAUUCAUGGCGACAAUAAGAUAACUGGCAUUGCGGGAGCAGAUUGUUGAACGUGAUUUUGGAAACUCAGAAAAGCAAAAUGUGCUACAAAACUUGACUUGACUCUUAGUUUUAGGUUUUAUUUGAAAUGCUUCAUUGUGUUAUGCUCUAGUUCCUUUCGAAACUUAAUUAGUUUGUAUGGAAAUUAUAUAUUUUACAAAUGGUUUUAAGCUUUACUCAUGCAACACAAAAUAAUCAAAUUAUUGACAUUAAUCCUGUACCAGUGCCAGUGCAGGUCCUCGCUGUUAAUAUCACAACCAUUAAAGUCCAGUGAGUGCCAAUGUGUAAUACUUAAUUGCGACAUUGCGCUUAUUUUAUUGUCAUA